CUUUCAAAUUACUUUUUCCUUCAAAUUUUGUUAUAUGAUAAUAAAUUUCUCAAGUCUUUCAAUUCAAACUACAUUAAAAUUAUUUACAGUUACAAACAAAGAAAUUGUGUUCAAGAAUGUCGGGUGAAGUUGAUCUUGCGUCACAGCUGCAUACCUGGGCAGUGAAGGAGAUGCAUUUCUACUCACAGGGGGCAUCAACGAAAACCAAUAUACCAACAGUGGAAGAUUUUAAAAUGUUAUGUAAGGGUCCAAAUGCAGCUAUAUGGAAGUGGGUUAUAGCACAUGUACGCUCCACUGAGACUGUGAGAACUGUAAAAGGAAAUCUUGCCCUUAAGAGCAAGACCUCCAGACAGUCAUAUAGAGUAAAGUAUGGUGAGAGUGGGGAGCAGUUUGAGCAGACUAAACAUGACUUACUGGAUAGGAGAGCUGCUCUGUCAGGGGAGAUAACUACUACUCUCAGGGAUAUUGGACACCUGGAACAUGAAGUUGAAAGAAUUACAACAGAUAUCUCAGAAACAGAACAUGCAUACGAGAAAGAGAAGGACUGUGUUAACAAUACACGAAGAAAGGCAGCACUGUUACAGGUGUAUUCUCAGAGCUGUACAGAUAUGAUGUCACAGUACGGAGAAUACAGCAAAGUUAUCAAUGCCAAAGUUAAUAACAUCAAACAGAGAGCACAAAAGACAUUAGAGAGAGAAGAGUACUACAGUAGAGAGACUGCUGAUCAUGAUCCUGACAGUGACACUGAUACUCCAGCCCUGGAAACUGCCUCCGCAAAACAUGUAAGAGAAUGUUGUGAAGAUAUUGGUGGAUUCCUACAAGAUACAUUGAAAGGUGCUUUUGGUGGUGAUAAAACACAGUUCACAAAGAGAAAAGAGCCACUGUGGCAGAAGGUUGAGCAGGUGUCGGGAACAUUCUCAGCUGACCAGAUACUGACCAGUCUGCUGACCAACACCCGGGAUACAACAGCUGCAUUGAAAACAAUGACCAGCAAAGUGGACAUCAGACGAGAUGCUCAAAACCUCAGAUUUAAGUAUGAACCUAGUGGAGAUGUACAGGACCUAGCUAAACCCCCAUCGUUGUUGAGAAGUGUUCAUCAAUUACUUCAGGAACGAGCCAAUGAGCAUCUUCAACGAUUUAUACAGUCACAGAAAUAUGCAAAUGAGGCGAGAAAUUUGGAAGAAUCGAUAGCUGCUUUAAAGGGGCAAAUAGAGAAAAGAUUACAGAAACUGUUCUCUCAGAAAACAGCUGACUUUACUUUGGCAAGGAAUCUGAUUGAGGCUGAGCUGGAGUUAGAUGGUUACCGAGCUUCCCUUCACUGUCUGAACUCAGAAGCCGAAAGUUUAAAAGAGAUAGUAGAGUGUAGCUACAGGGAGAGACAGGAACUGUUUACAAAAUAUCACAGGAUACAGGAAUUCCAGGAACUUACAGACAAGAAGCAGAAUGUGAUACAGGUAUUGGUAAAACAGAACAUAAACUCCCAGUCCAGGCUUGAUGCACAGAUUGAUGAGAUAGACCAGUAUAUAGAGAGAUCAUUGAUGUCACACCAGUCACAGAUCAGUACAGUAUCCGGCAAGUUACAGGACUGUGUCACAGCAGAAAUUAACGAGUUUGCUAACCUAGCACUGCCAUAUCUCAUGUUCUCACAGAUAGAAAAUGCAUUAAAGACAGCUGUGUUAGACCUAUCUGUACAUCAGACCUGCCCCUCAAAUCUUAGACCAGCAUUGUUGACAGUGCUUCAGUGCCUUAAGUUUCCCAGCUUUCAGGCCCCAGAGAUGGUGCUUAGACAGUGUUUACAGAUCAAGACAGAUAUAGAGGAGAUUGUACAUAGGCUGGAUAGAGAGAACUGGCUACAACAGUGGAGGACAAAUAAGGAUGGAGAGAAGGAUGUAGUAACUGUGAUAACUGAUUUAUGUGAGGCAAUGAGAGAGGAGGAUGAGAGACAGAUGUGUAAAACACAGCCUAUGUUACAACAACAGAUCAACAAAACAGCCAACGCUCUGUCAGAAUGUCUACAGGCCAAAUCUGCUGCCACUGCUUGGUGGGAACAGCCAGGGCAGAGUUGUGUCCCUUGGAUUACAGUUGAUGGACAUAAUCUUCAACAUUAUAUCGACCAGUGGACAGUUCUUGCCACCAAUCUCAGACAGUUGUUAGUGAAAAAGUAGAGUUAUGUCUCUUGGAAAGCAGAUGAUGUUCUUUAUCUCCAGUACUAUAUGGACAGCUAUUGCUAUCAUUAGGUGCAAAUAGUUGUUGAUAAAAAUAUAGAGUUGUGUCUGUUGGAUCACAGAUAAUAUGGACCUAAUGGAGAGUCCUUGUUACUAGUCACACAAAAUUGUUGGUUAGACAGCAUGUAGUACUAUCUGAUGGCAGUUGGGAUAUAUCGAUCAUCCAAAACAAUAGUUGCUGAAGACAAAUCUAAAGAUUCCAUCAUUAAUUUUGAAUACCUACGUUUUAUAAACUUUGCUAAGGAAGUGUUAGACAGAAACUUUUAAUGACUGUGAUUAGAAUCUCAUUUCAAAUUUGCAAAACAACUUCAGUAGUUUUGUAUAGGUGGUGUAGUGAGAGAAAUAUUUAAGCUUUAAUUAAGGUUCAACUUUUUGACAAACUACAUUACAGUUAGGAAGAAAAUUUGUGAAUACAGUGUAACCGAAAUGUUGUGGAAUGUAGUACUGUUCACUAGUAGGUUAUAUAUUGAUUAAACUUGCCUGACAAGCAAAAACUCUUGAAACAUAACUUGUUUAGCAAAAUAGUUAAGGAUUUUUUCUGCCAAUUUUACAGACAAAUGUGAUUAAGAAACACAGUUGACUCCAGUUUUGAAGGUGUAUUAUUUCAAGUAUAGUUAUCUGUACUAAAUUGUUCAUCAGUCCCCAACAGCCAGUUUCAGGAACUAUGGGACUGCUCCAUUUAUAUGUCAGUUUGUCCAUAUUCUUGUGUCUGCUGUGUGAGGCAAGGGCUAAUUUUCAAAUGAUUGGGAUAAAAUGGAAAAAGAGUUUGUGUCACCUGCAAGAUCCAUGCCCAUACAAGGUCAAUGUAAAAUACAGAGAUUAAAGAUUAACAGACUAUUUCAGUUCUUCAUCAAUGGAUUUUAACUUCUUGGCAAAAAUGUUCAUCAAGUCUCAAACCUUAAGCUAAAAGGUCAAUGUCACACCUAGAGGAAAAAAGAGUUCAGAUCAGUUUUCACUUGCUCUUUGUUGCAGCUUGACUGGUUACAGCUUUGAAGGUGUAUUAUUUCCAGCUUGAAAAUUCAUCCAUUGUCAAUAUUAGUUCUGAUAUCUUGUGUGACAGAGGCCAUGUAUCCUCAUGACUUCAUAAGGAAAUACUGUUUACAUAACUAACUACAUAUAUAAGCAUGGCAUUUGGGAAGCAUUAUAAUAUGUACUAUAUUUGUACAAGAGGGUCAUGAUGACCCUGGAUCGCUCACCUGAGUAAUAUGAGCUACAUGUUUCAAAUGUCAAACUGAUGAUUUUUAGAAAUGUUUAGGAAGAUUUUCCGAUGUACAAUCCAGUAACCCCUGGGGCGGGGCCAAUUUUACCCCGGGGUCAUGAUUUGAACAAAGUUUGUAGAAGUCUACUAGGCAAUGUCACAUAUCAAAUAUCUAAGAUCUAGGUCUUCUGGUUUAUUUUUAGCAAAUUUAUGAAGAUUUCCCUAUGUACAAUCAAGUAACCCCUGGGGCUGGAGGUUGGGGGGUCAAGAUUUUAACAAAUUUUGUAGAGGUCCACUAGGCAAUGCUACAUGUCAAAUAUCUAAGAUCUAGGCCUUCUAGUUUAUUUUUAGAAAAUUUUGAAGAUUUUUCUAUGUACAAUCAAGUAACCCUAUGGGGCAGGGUCAAUUUGACCCCGGGGGUCAUGAUUUAAACAAAUUUUGUAGAAGUCUACUAGUCAAUGCUACAUAUCAAAUAUCUAAGAUCUAGGCCUUCUGGUUUAUUUUUAGAAAGUUUUGAAGAUUUUCCUAUGUAAAAUCAAGUGACCCCUGGGGCGGGGUCAAUUUUGACCCCAGGGGUCAUGAUUUGAACAAAUUUUGUAGAGGUCCACUAGGCAAUGCUACAUGUCAAAUAUCUAAGCUCUAGGCCUUCUGUUUUAUUUUUUAAAUUUUUUUUGAAGAUUUUCCAAUAGAAAUCUAUGUAAAAUCAAGUGACCCCUGGGGCGGGGUCAAUUUUGACCCCGGGGGCAUGAUUUGAACAACUUUAGUAGAGGUCCACUAGGCAAUGCAACAUGUCAAAUAUCUAAGCUCUAGGGCUUCUGGUUUUUGAGAAGAAGAUUUUUUAAGAUUUACCUAUGUAAAAUGAAGUGAACCCUGGGGCGGGUUCAAUUUUAACCAUGGGGUCAUGAUUUGAACAAACUUGGUAGAGGUCCACUAGGCAAUGCUUCACACCAAAUAUCUAAGCUCUAGGGCUUCUGGUUUUUGAGAAGAAGAUUUUUAAAGUUUUUCCUUUCGGUUGCCAUGGCAACCAGAGUUCUGCAUGGAAUUCAAUUCUUUGAACAAUUUUGAAAGGGGGCCACCCAAGGAUCAUUCUUGUGAAAUUUGGUGUAAUUCUGCCCAGUGGUUUUCAAGAAGAAGAUUUUUUUAGAAAUUGUUGCAGACAACAAGCUGUCACAAUAGCUCACCUUGUCACUUCGCCUUAUUUCCACAAUGCCAUAACUAGCUUUUGGGAAACAACCUUUAAAGAUUUGAGUGGCAGUGACUUCACCUUACCUACCAGCCUUGCUGAACUAAAAUUUAGCAUGUUUAUGGUAGUUCUAUAAGGACACAUAUUCACCAUCAUACAGAGGUCAAAGAGACAUACCUAAUGACACUAAAAUCUCAAUUUUGCCAAAAAUAGUCAUGCUUUUCUCUGGAAUUAAGGCUACGAUCAGUAUUAAGUAAUAUUUAUUAAUAAAAUAUUGAAUAUAAA